AAAUGUACAGUGACCCUUUACAACGAAGUGGAACCCCUGACUUCUUACGUGGAACGGGAGGAUGCUUUUUAUUAUCGCCUCAUUUACGAUCCCAACACGAAACGCCUACAGGAGGAUCGAGGUUCUAUGCGAAUCGGUUCGGACUUUCAGUGCGAUGUUCAGCCACUCUUGACUAAAGGCGAAAACGAUCCUCGUUUCAGACAGAAUCUGGAGGAAAUCCUAUGGAAUCCCGUAAACUCUCCCUCUCUCUCAGAAAUGGACACAUUUAUUAGUGCAGUAAAAGCAGUUGGUCUCUACGGUCGCGCCUGUGAUCCGGCUAGUAGUCAGCAGAAUCCUCUCCUUAUUAAUGCUGCAGCUGCUGCUAGUCGGGACAUAACUCUUCAGUUUGCGCACGACAUUCUAUUCAGAGCUGCUUUUAAUGUCCAGAAAGCCAUGUCCCACUUACUCCCCAACGGUCAGCCGGUGGUAUGCAAGGACGAGCUAGAGAUGUGGACGGCACACGAAUCUUCUCUGUUCGAGGAGGCCUUAGGGAAACACAUCAAGGAUUUUGCCCACAUAAUCUCCGACUUUCUGCCCUGGAAGUCUUCCAAAUCCAUUGUAGAGAUGUACUACUUUUGGAAGACUACUGAUCGCUACACUCGUCAUCGCAAGAACAAGAUGAUUACCAGGGAACAGAAACUCAAACAGGUCUACAUCCCAGACUAUAGCAAGCCAAACUCUUCUGUCCUUUACAACCGCACUGACGGCAACGAUCGUGGUUGUGAAUGUUGCUACGUCGAAACAUCACCUCAGUGGUACGCCUGGGGUCCGCCAAACCUGAUGUGUCGCCUUUGUUCAGGAUGCUGGACCUACUGGAAAAAGUACGGCGGCUUGAAAAAUCCCGACAAGAGAGGUGCCCCAGUAAAUUCACGUCCGUCCCCCGAGCAACGCGUUCAAGAUCGUCUCGAGGCUAGAAAGUCGGCAGUUGCGGCUGCAGGAAUUUCUGCCACCCCAUCUCCUUCAACGGAAGGAUGUGGGGUGGGUCAUCAGAAGGCACCUUCCCUCCACCCUCAUUCCGACAUUAAUGUUACUCCCACCGUCUACCGAUGCAACCAGCCCGAUUGUGUCAAGGAGUUUCGUAGCAAAGAAAACUUUGCCAUCCAUCUUGCUCAGGUCCACAACGUGACACUUAUUUCUGACGGCUCAUCAAGCUUCCCAGUAGCCCUGGCCGCAGCUGCCGGCGUAUUUCAGCACGGUGCAGGCACCCAGGGAAUUCUCACACCGCCCUCCAUUCGUAUAGUCCGCACUCUCUGUCCACUCCUUCUACGACCCGCCAUUCUUGCUCGUAGGCCUACGAAAUUGGCUAACUCGACAGCUCAGCAGAGGUCGCCCUCUGAGCCCAUCAUACCGACCGAUGAUCUCAUGGUUCGCCUCAAAACCCUCGCUAAAUCGAGGAUCCCGGCUCUGCGAGACCCACAGGCUGUUUUAAAACGCAAGCUCCCAGUUCGCUCUCUAAAAUCGGUGGUCAAGAAGUUGCUUCUUCGGUUGGGUCGAGCUGAUGACUCUGCCAUCGUUACCACCUCUUUCAAACGUUCCUUCGAUUCCACCUCUUUGUCCCACAACGGAGAUGCCGCAAAUGGCAUGGAACAGCCUGCGGAAAAGAAAUCACGAUUAGAUUCCCUAGCUCAGAAUUGCAGCAGUACCAACGGACGCGUGGGGUUCUUUCACUUUUCCCCUUUUCUCAGUCCUUCUGUACAUGAUUCCUUCACGUUUGUUUCUAUCCUUGUUUUGUCCCUGCUGCCUCGCCGUCCCUUUAGCUCUUAG